AAAUUGCUAAAACAAAUGAAGGAUAGAGCCAUAGUGUAUGACCAAAAUCGGGUGAGUAAAUUGGCAAAUCAGUAAGAACAACUUCAUUUUGGCUGCGGAGGAAUCUUCCUAGAAAUUCACCAGCGCCAAGUAUAGUACAUGAAGCAAUCCAUUGUAUUUGAAACAACCAUCACUAUCGAUUCUUCUCAAACUUACUUCCCUGCCCGUGAACUUCUCCACCAUCGACUAAUCUCAUCGCCUUUUUCGUUUCAAUCGCAGUACCCUUGCUUCUCUACUUGUAUCUUCUUCAAGAACUAGUUCGGUUCGUUCUCCAAAUUGCGCCCUGAUUUACAGCUCUAGUUCUUGUAAAGUGAUGGGAGGGAAAAGUUCUAAGCAGGGAAGUUCAAGAUACAUUUCGUCUAUUAGGUCUAGCUCACAGCAGUGGAGUCAUUUCGGUUAUCCGGAGUCGGCAUACGCUCAACCAAGAACCACGCCCCAGUAUCAAUUUGCUCCUCCGACUCCGGGGUAUGGAGGAACUCAGGCCCCAGGGGCAAGAAAGAGGGUGGAGAGGAAAUAUUCAAGGAUAGAUGAUCACUAUAAUAGUUUAGAUCAGGUUACUGCAGCAUUGGCUAGUGCUGGCCUGGAGUCUUCAAAUCUUAUUGUUGGUAUAGAUUUCACCAAGAGCAAUGAGUGGACAGGUGCAAGAUCAUUUAACCGUAGAAGUUUGCAUCACAUUGGAGAUGAGCCAAAUCCCUAUGAACAAGCAAUAGCAAUUAUUGGGCAAACAUUAUCGUCAUUCGAUGAGGAUAAUAUGAUCCCUUGCUUCGGUUUUGGAGAUGCAUCAACUCAUGACCAAGAGGUUUUCAGUUUUUAUCCAGACGAGCGAUUCUGUAAUGGAUUUGAAGAAGUGUUGAGCAGAUAUAGGGAACUCAUGCCUCAUCUUCGACUAGCAGGGCCAACAUCAUUUGCCCCUAUUAUCGAAAUGGCUAUCACAAUCGUAGAGCAAAGUGGCGGCCAGUACCAUGUAUUGGUAAUAAUAGCUGAUGGUCAGGUUACAAGAAGUGUUGAUACUGAGCGUGGACAGUUUAGCUCACAGGAAAAGAAAACCAUUGAGGCAAUUGUGAAAGCUAGUGAAUACCCCCUGUCGAUUAUACUAGUUGGAGUAGGAGAUGGACCUUGGGACAUGAUGAGGGAAUUUGAUGACAAUAUCCCAGCUCGAGCCUUCGAUAACUUCCAAUUUGUGAAUUUCACAGAUAUAAUGUUGAAGAAUAUGGAUCGAUCAAGAAAGGAAGCGGAAUUCGCUCUUUCAGCACUCAUGGAAAUACCCUCUCAGUAUAAAGCAACAAUAGAGCUUGAUAUUUUGGGUGCCAGUAGAGGGAAGGCAAUCGACCGGGUUCCUCUUCCGCCUCCUCGUUACGGUCCUAGCACCCUAAAGACCUCAAACACGAGCAGUUCUUGCGCAACACCACCCUCAAAUGUUGGAGUUGCUCCUGUCCAAUCUGCGCCUCCUCUAAGUUCAGUUUCUGAUGACCAUGCUUGUCCCAUUUGCAUCACCAAUGCAAAGGAUAUGGCUUUUGGCUGUGGACAUCAGACAUGCUGUGAAUGUGGACAGGAUCUUGAGUCGUGCCCCAUAUGCCGCAGCUUUAUCCAAACUAGGAUAAAGCUUUAUUAGCAAAAACUCCCUGCUGAAUUCUCAUGUCCAACAUCAACUCCAGCUUCUUGCUCGAGUACAAGCGGUCGUUGACGUGGUGAGUACGAUAUCAUUUGUAAAUAUCAUUAGUUUUUUCCUCGACGUUCCAUAAAAUGUCUUGAAAUGAUGUUUGUUAAGCCUCAUGGAAGCAACAGGCGCCUCAAAUUCUUUAUGAAAACUAGUUCUUGCAUUAGUUUGAAUGUAAUUACAAUAUCUUUAGUGGGCAGUGAGACUCGACUUCUCAUUACAUUAU